GGCUUUAACGUGACGUGGUGCAGCUGUCUGAACUCUGGGAGCCACCAACAAGCUUUAAAAGCUGUAGAAGCAGAGAGACAGCCACAGUUUACAUCAACUUACGCUUGUACGAGUACUCUACCUCCCUCCAUCUCACCCAUCACCAACAACAAGUCUGGUUGAAGCCUUCGUACGGUGUGUGAUAGCUCAAGAUGUCAACCAAGAUCCUGUCUCUGGUGUUGGGAGGUCUGGCGCUCUCAUUCUUUCUGACCAUCAUCGGGAACGCUAUGGCCCAGGACAUCUGUGAAGUUGACCCGGCAACUGUUGACUGUGAUGGUAUCUGUAGGCACAACAACUGCACAGAAAAUGAGGAGAAUCUGAAUAAGAGUUGUGGUGCGAACGACUGUGUGUGUUGCCAACCAAUUCCUAUAAUAUGCGAGGGCACUGUAUGCGAACAUAUACCUGUAGGAACGAAGGAAGCCGUAAAUGGGACCUGCAGGAAGUAUGAAUGUGAAGAUGGUGAAGAAGUAAUCGAUGUAUGUGACGGUGGCUGCGCGUGCUGCGUCCAGAGCACACUUUUGUUUUAAGUAAAAGAAGAAUCAUGACUGACAAUGAACGGCUAAGGACCAUCUUAUUUGGAAUAUUCACAAAAUGGACGUUUACGACCCGUGUUUUCUCGGCUAUUUAUACUUUAGAAUUUAGACCAAGAAUCUCGCCUUAUGCAUUCCUCUGAGGACAAGCAAAAUAUCACCUGAGCCCACGAGGAAUCAUCAGUAUAUCCAACCAUCUGUAAAAGUGAAAGUCUGACAACUGGUAUCACUAAUAGUUGAUGACUACUGUAUAUGCCAAGCGUCGAGAAUAGAACUCAGCUGCUCUCCUCACAGCUAAGAUUUUAAAAGUUGCUGCCAGGACAACAAGAACAUUAUCUGUGAGGAAGAACAUUUGUUGUACUGUCAACACGACCAUAUCUUUUGUGACCAUGACUAAGAAUGGGUGAUUUACCAGCUAAGGACGACAUAACAGUUAUAACGAUAGUGAGGAAUUACAACAACAACGACAGUGACCAUAACUGAAAAAGAAGAGGGUGAAGGAGAAAAUUAAAUAUGUAACUUGAUAAAUUAAUUAAUUUCCAUUAAAGUGUAACUUGAUAAAUUAAUUAAUUUCCAUUAAAAGUGUGCAUCAUCAUUAACUAA